CACAUCAAUGCGAAUCCCAAUUCUCACCAAGACAAACACUUGAUCUGGUUGAUCAUCUCAAACCCAAAACCAAAAUCCCAAACUCAAAACACUCACAAAUCAGCUAAUUCUCACCUUACAAACCCAACACCAAAAUCCCGAACUCUUUUAUGUCGGAUAUUUAAAGUGUCUCGGGUAUUGCUAAAGAAAGGUCUACUUACAGUUGCGUUGUCAUUAAACGACAGAAGCCUUCAAAUCUUGACCUCUGAAACACCAAACCCAGAAAAUGUCUCCGACCAAAUCCCACCACGAAUCCACAGUUAUCAAAUACGCAAUCCGAUCCAGACUCCUAGUCCUCUCUCUCAUCAUCCUAUGGCGCACCCUCCUCAGCCCCUACGAUACCUCCGCACCCAUCAACCCCACUUGCCUAUCUCAACAUCCUGACGUUGUUGAUCAACCCCAGAAACAUGUCCUGUUCCCUCGCCUCGGCUUGGCCAUCGAGGCCAGCAUUGUAUGGGACAGUGUCUACUACGUUCGAAUCGCACAAUGUGGAUACGAGUACGAACAGUUCUAUGCUUUCUUCCCACUCCUCCCACUCUGCAUUUCAUUGUUGUCUCGCAAAGUUUUGGCGCCAUUGAUUCCGGUUAUUGGGCAUAGAGCUGUGUUGGGUUUAUCAGGCUAUGUGAUCAAUAACGUUGGCUUUGUGUUUGCGGCUCUUUAUUUGUACAGGCUCUCAGUUAUUAUUUUGAAGGACCAUGAAGCAGCAUUGAGGGCUUCAAUUUUGUUUUGCUUCAAUCCAGCUUCCAUAUUCUAUUCAUCAAUAUAUUCGGAGACUCUGUACGCCCUAUUUUCACUUGGGGGAUUGUACCAUCUAAUGUCCGGAAAGAAUGCUAUUGCUGUUCUUUGGCUUGCCCUCUCUGGAUUUUCAAGGUCCAAUGGAAUGCUUAAUGCUGGUUAUUUCUGUUUUCAGACUAUGCAUCAGGCUUACGAUGCUGUUUUCUUGAGAAAGCGUGCUUUUUUGGCAAUGCAGGUUCUUGUUGGUGGAGCUCUCCGUUGUAUAUGUAUUUUUGUUCCUUUUGUUGCAUUUCAAGCAUACGGAUACCACAAUAUCUGUCUCGGGCAUUUUCCAAAUGAAAUGAGCCCCUGGUGCAAAGCAAGAGUGCCUAUGCUGUAUAAUUAUAUUCAAAAUCAUUACUGGGGAGUAGGUUUUCUGAAAUACUUCCAAGUUAAACAGUUGCCAAACUUUCUACUGGCAUCGCCGAUAUUGUCUUUGGCACUUUGCUCAAUUGUCCAUUACGCGAAGUCAAAUCCCGAAAACUUCUUCUCUUUAGGUUUCCAUGCUCCUACUGAGGAGAAAAAUUCUGCUGCUGUGCUGUUUACCUUGAGUCAUGAAAAUCGCAAUCUCAAAGCAAAAAAGCAAGUGAUCAAGCAAACUCCUACUCUACCCCCAGAAGAAUCUAAAUUACCAGCAAGUCAAGGAUACUCGUCUGUUGCUGCUCUCCCAUAUAUUUUUCAUUUGGGAUUUAUGGCAGCCACCGCUUUUUUUGUCAUGCAUGUGCAGGUUGCUACUCGCUUCCUAUCUUUCAGCCCUCCUCUCUAUUGGUUUGCUUCGUAUAUAAUGAAAUCUCCUGGUACUUAUAAGAGAUGGGGAUAUGUGAUUUGGACAUACUCUGCUGCGUACAUUCUUCUCGGCAGUUUGCUCUUUUCAAAUUUUUAUCCUUUCACUUGAUAAUGUCUUGCAAUCAGUCUCAACCGAGAGCUUUUCCAUUGAUGGGUCUGUGCCUCGUUUCCUGCCCCAGAUUGAGUUCACAUGCUGAAGGAGCUAAAUACUUUGUUGGAGAUAGGGUUUUAGUGUUGGGAAGCUCCACUGGUUACUCACACAGUCUCUCUUUGAUGUUUUAGGGUUUUAGUGUUGAUAUACAUAUUGUUCUAACUGUUGAUCAACCCAAAUGGUGUUGUAGUAGAGAUAUUAUGUAGGAUUUGGUACCCUUGUUCUCUUUCUGAACUAAUGUAAAGCAAUUUUUGCAUUAAUUUCAUUUACGCACUUUUACCCGCUGAA